AUGGAGAGCAAUAUGCUCAAUCUUACCUCCACAUCUGAAUUUCUGGUCUUGGAAUUUUCUGACAUUCGAGAACUACAGAUCUUAUAUUUUUUUGUAUUGUUAGCAGUAUACUUGAUUGGAGCCUCUGGUAAUCUUCUCAUCAUCACUACUGUAGUGCUUGAUCAUCAUCUGCACACCCCCAUGUACUUCUUUCUAAUGAACUUGGCCAUUUUGGAUCUUGGCUUAAUUUGUGUCAUGCUACCCAGACCUAUGGCCAAUUCUCUCCUGAACAGGAGAUUCAUUUCUUAUUCUGAAUGUGUCUCUCAAGUUUUUGGCCUCUUCCUAUUUGUAGGAGCAGAUUUUGCCAUCCUAACAAUAAUGGCACAUGAUCGGCAUAUUGCUAUCUGCAAUCCAUUGCAAUAUGAGACCAUUAUGCAUAAAGGAGCCUGCAUUCAGAUGGCUCUAAGUGCGUGGUUUACUGGUAUACUUUCUGCCACAUUGCACACCUGUACCACUUUUGCCAUCACUUUCUGUUCCAAUAGGAUCAAUCAGUUCUUCUGUGAAGUUCCACAGCUACUAAAAAUUGCUUGCUCAGAUUUAUAUCUAGUUGAAGUAGGACUUCUUAUAUUUAGCUGUAGUUUAGGUGGAGGAUGUUUUAUCUACAUCAUUGUAACUUACAUAAAGAUUUUUACAACAGUACUCAGAAUGCCUUCUGUGCACAGUCAGAAAAAAGCUCUCUCCACUUGCAUUCCCCACCUCACUGUGGUGUCUUUGCUUGUAUUUAGUGGAAUCUUUGCCUAUUCGAGGCCUCCUGGUAACACUUCUUCUGAGCUAAAUGUCAUUUGUGCUCUGAUUUAUGCUGUAUUAUCUCCUUUGCUGAAUCCAUUCAUCUAUAGCAUGAGAAACAAAGAAAUCAAGACUGCAUUGUUAAAACUUACUGAUUUUGGACAUUUCCCCAAAACCAUAUCUCACAAAAUUUGUUUACUAAAAUUGCACUGA